AUGAGUCAAGAAAAACUCACUCACAAUGCCUACACCGUGGGGUGGGUGUGCGUAUUGGAAUGCGAACUCAACGCCUCACGAGCCCUGCUAGACAAGGAACAUGAGAGGCUCCCAGCUGCCGAGAAUGAUGACAACAUGUACCUCCUCGGGGAGAUGAAAGGACAUCAUGUUGUCAUUGCUUUUCCAGCUGUAUACGGUGUCGGAGCUGCGGCACGAACGGCCACGAAUAUGAUCCGCACCUUUAAAAAUAUCCGUUUCGGCCUGAUGGUGGGGAUUGGAGGCGCGGUGCCAAAUCCCUCUCGCUUUAAAAAGCCCUCUGAAGAUAUUCGAUUGGGUGACGUGGUUGUAAGCGAACCCAAGGGAGAUCAUGGCGGGGUGAUCCACUAUGAUAUGGGACAGCGAAAGGCCGAUGGAAAGCUUCACAAGCGGUCUCACUUGAAUAAACCCCCGACAAUGUUGCUGAAUGCGAUGAAGUUGUUAAGGUCAGACCAUCCUUUCGGUAGGGGAGAGAUGAAUCUCUACAUUGCCGAGGUUGCCCAGCUCUCCGAGCAAUCGGAUGCUUUUGCGGCUUACCAACAUCCGGGGAGGAGUAACGAUCGCCUUUAUCGAGUUGAUUACGAUCACGAGGGCGAAGAAGACUGCACACAAUGCGACGUGAACUCGAUCGAAACCCGAACACCUAGGAAGUCGGAUGUGCCCGUAGUACACUACGGAUUAAUCGCAUCUGGUAACGCAGUCAUAAAGGAUCCGCGGUAUAGAGAUGAAUUGCGCAAGGCUUGGAAUGUUGCAUGUUUUGAGAUGGAAGCUGCAGGACUCAUGGAUAACUUUCCAUGCUUGGUUAUCCGGGGAAUCAGUGACUACUGCGACACGCACAAAAAUGAUAUCUGGCAACCGUAUGCGGCUGUAACAGCUGCUGCGUAUGCCAAAGACCUGCUCCGUGUGAUCCUCCCGCAGGAGGUUCGCGCGGCCAAAGUUGUCGAAAUGAAAGAAGUGUUUGACGUGUUAUCGAAUAUCCAGACCGGUGUAUCCAUUAUCAACUCUUCAAUUACCGCCGCGCGGGACAACGAGCUGCUUCUUUGGCUGUCAUCCAAAGACUAUGGCUCGGAGCAGACGGACAUCCUAAGCCAGCGUCAAGAGGGGACCGGAGCAUGGCUCCUGGAAAGAGUUGAAUUUCAAGGUUGGGUGAAUGAGGGAAAUAAGACCAUCUACUGCAGAGGCAUGCCUGGUGCUGGAAAAACGGUCAUGACGGCGGUGGUCGUGGAUCAUCUGCGGUCAAAGUUCCAGAGCGAUCCAGCCGUGGGUAUAGCGUGCAUUUACUGCAGCGUUCAAAAUGAAGCAGAACAAACUCCGAGCGGUAUCUUUCUGAGCCUUUUGAGGCAGCUCAUCAAACAGUUGUCACACACUCCCGAGAUUGUCAAGAGUAUGUACGAUCGACACAUCCGAGCUGGCGACCGGCCGAGCUUUCUUGAUAUAGCGAAUGCUUUGCUAGACACAAUCUCGCGCUUUCAGCGAACUUUUAUUGUGGUCGACGCUCUCGAUGAGUUGCUGACAUCCGAAAGCCCUCCCAAGCAGCUGGUUAGAGAGAUAUUUGCCCUUCAAGAGAAAUCAGGGAUCAACAUAUUUGCUACCUCCCGAUAUGUCCCUGAAAUUGCAGGGGAAUUUAAACAAAGUAUCCUGAUCGAUGUACGGGCGGCAGAAGACGACGUUGCACGAUUUCUGGACUCGCAUAUCGGGGAGUUACCAGCCUUUGUGUCUGAAACUCCAGGGCUAGAAGAUGAGAUCAAGACCGGAAUCAUAAUGGCUAUCGAUGGAAUGUUCCUCCUAGCGAAGCUCCACCUGACUUCAUUUCUGGAUAAAAUAUCCGUGAGGGACGUCAAGGAUACGAUCAAGAGCCUUCCUAGAGGGUUUGAUGGUUACGACCAAUCAUACUUGGAAGCGAUGAACAACAUUCAAAGCCAGCGACAAGGCUUACGUGAACUCGCUACGAAAGUCCUGUCAUGGAUUUGCUGCAGUCGAAGACUCCUGCUCGCUAGAGAACUUCAGCAUGCUUUAGCAGUGAAAGACAAACAUACAGACUUUGAUAACAUGAGCAUACCAGAUAUGGGUCUGAUUGUGAGCGUCUGCAAAGGUCUGGUCAUCGUGGAUGGGGAGCGAGGAACAAUCCGUCUAGUCCACUACACGACACAGCAAUAUUUCGAACGAACAUGGCAGCAAUGGUUUCAUGAUGCACACGAAAGGCUUGCUGAAACCACUCUCAGAUAUCUAACGUUCGAUACCUUCGAGGGUGGCCCGUGUGCGACAGGUACGGAAUUCAAAGCAAGACUCGACCAAUAUGUGUUGUAUGAUUAUGCGGCCCGGAACUGGGCUUACCAUGUACGGAUUGCGUCAUUCGAGGAAUCAUCACUAGUCCUCAAACUUCUCGAGGAUGAGAAUCGCUUAUCCGGCUCGGCCCAGGCUAUGUUUGCUGAACGGAGCCAAGUGCGCAGUGAGCGUAGUCCUCGAGGAAUGACAGGACUCCAUGUUGCUGCGUAUUUUGGGCUUGCAAAAACCGUGAAACUCUUGCUUCGCAAACUCCGUCCUGAUGUGAAGGAUAGUUCUGGUCGGACACCUCUACCCUGGGCCGCCGCAAACGGACAUGCUGCUGUUGUCGAGAUCUUACUAGAGAAUGACCUGGUUGAUCCGGACAAUGAAGAUGACGAAGCGCAAACCCCUUUGGCACUAGCUGCAGAGAUUGGCAAUGGGAAAAUUGUAGAUCUGCUCAUGCGUCGCGGAGUUGACUCCAACCACAUGGAUAGUGACCAAACGACACCUCUGUGCACAGCCGCGCGGAAUGGGAAUACAGAAGCCAUGGAGGCAUUUUUACGCUAUCGAGUCGAUGUCAAUUGCAAGGAUGGUAGUGGACAGACUCCGCUCGGAUUAGCAGCAGCGUCGGGACAUUCUGACUGCGCGGAGCUACUCUUGAAUUACGAUGCUCCUCCGGCAACCGAGGAACGAAAUAGGGCACUCGUUAGCGCAGCCGCAAAUGGACACGCACCCGUGGUGAAACUCCUCCUGGAACAUGGCGCUGAUGCAGAUUAUCAGGAUGAGCAUGGCAGCACGCCUUUGUUGAGUGCAGCAGAAUAUGGCCAUGUGGAAGCAGUAUCUCUCUUACUCGGCCAUCCACAUGUCAACCCCAACCCUGAGAAUGUGCAGGGGCGGACGGCGCUAUCAAUAGCCGCUCAAGAUGGGCAUACGAAUACAGUGCGUUGCUUCCUUGCCGACAGCCGAGUGAACCCUGACCACAAGGAUAAAGAGGGACGCAAUCCUCUUUUUCUCGCCGCGUUUGGGGGACACGCAUCGGUAACGGAGCUCCUUUUGAACAUACGUGGGGUUGACGUUAACUGCACGAACUUGUUUGGUCAAACGCCUUUGUCUGUUGCGGCACAAAAUGGCCAUCAAGAGGUGGUGAGGCGGCUAUUAAGUAACACUAGAGUUGACCCGGAGCCACGCGGGCUGAAAAGUGGCGAUACACCACUGGCACUAGCUGCCCAGUUCGGGCGGGACUACGUGGUUGAGAUUUUGCUUCAAAAACCAGGCGUCGACAUUAAUUCGAUGAAUGCUCAGGGAGCCACUCCUUUGUCUCUUGCUGCGCGGGAGGGGCGGGCAUAUGUCGUCGAGAUGCUGCUUUUCGAUGACAGGGUGAACCCUAAUCACAGAGACAAAACUGGCCGAACCCCUCUCUCCUGGGCCUGUGGACGCGGUCACUCUGCCGCAGUUGAGAGCCUACUGUCCAUGGACAAGGUAGAUGUGAAUAUACCUGAUGAAGAGGGGCGAACACCACUGCUAUGGGCUGCUUGGGGUGGCCAUCCUACGGCCGUCAGUCAUCUGCUUUCAACUAAGAAGGUCGACCUUGAAGGCAGUGACAGCAAUGGCCAAACCCCGCUUAAUCGCGCCGCGGAGAGCGGGGCCCUUACAGUAGUAGAAAUACUCCUGGAGGAGGGUGCUGACGCCAACGCUGUGGACAAUGAUGGUAUGACCCCGUUGAUGCGGUCCUCGGAGAAUGGACAUGUGCAAGUAGCCGAAGCGCUGCUUGCUGCCGGUGCUCCGCCGACUGCAGUAGACUCAGAGGGCCGCACUCCACUGAUUAUCGCGGUUGAGGCAGGACGACGAGAAGUAGUCGAGCUGCUGCUGAACGACGCUGGGGUUGACCCUGAUGAGAGCGGGGGGUAUGGGUACACACCGCUGGAGCUCGCUGAAGAAUGUGGCUGGGAUGAUAUCGUGGAGUUGUUGGAAGCGGCGCGCUCGAGAGGCCCUGGCCCGAGUCUGCCGGACUCGAAAAUUUACCCUCGAGCGUCUUACGCAUCACCCCCAGCAUCUGUUAUGGGAUUGUCUGAUUUCAGAUCAAGUUGGAACUGGGAUGGAGAAGGACGUAAAGUUUUCUCGCCCACAAGCGAGCUGUUAGAAGGGGAUGAGCCUAAACCAGUUGGGAUGGCAAGAUCCAAUUCGAUUAUCUCGCUUGAUGAGUAG